GUGUCAUUACAAUGUACAUCAGGUAUUUAUUGAUAGAGAAGCAAAAUGAGUUGUCACACUUCGUUAGGUCUUCAUGCAACAUGUUUGCCUUAUGCAUUGGGUUGAUGGGCUGCACUGGAAUGGGCAUAGUUGCAACUUUUCAGGAGCUGGCAGUUCCCAGUGUCCAUGACAUAGGCGCUUUGGUGGCCUUUGGCUCGGGUGUUGUAUACAUUACACUUCAGUCUAUAAUCUCUUACAAGUCCUGUCCACGAUGGAACACCUACUUUGUGUGCCACAUAAGGAUGACUAUAUCUGUAAUAUCAUGCAUUGCUUUCAUUCCCAUGAUUGUGUUUGCUUCACAAAUUUCCAUGACAAAAAUUGAUUGGACUCCAGGUGAAAAGGAUUACACUUACCAUUUUCUGAGUGCAGUCUGUGAAUGGACAGUGGCCUUUGGUUUUAUCUUCUUCUUUUUAACAUUCAUUAGAGAUUUUCAGAGAUUUUCUUUAAGGAUAUCAACAGAAAUACAUGAAGACUCCUGAUAGUGAAAACAAAAAUGUUUUCUAUCUAUGAAUGUUCUAGGUUUCUUUUAAUUAGAGA